AUGGAGGGAAUCAAGUUUGCUGAUGUGUUGCGGUCCUUUGAGAAGAAAGCAGAGGACGACGAGUAUGUAAGUGUGGAAAGAGACUACAACGAGCGGAAGGUUAUAGAGAAUGAUGUCAGGCGCACGGAGCUGCUGGGCGUGGAUAAGAGAAACCGCAAGGUGAUCAAGGUUCUCAAGAGGUUGCUUUUUGUAGAGCUUGACAAGAUUCCGAUUAAGUAUACGCAGGGGAUGAGCGAGAUAGCAUCUGUGUUUGUGCUCUACUACUUUCAGAACAUUGUCGAGGAGGAGGUGGCCAAGGGAGUGCUGGCCAGCGGAUCGGAUGAAGAGUCUGCAGAGGAAUCUGCAGCCGACGGAUUUUCCGAGCAGUUUAUUGAGGCACCAGAAGACGAAAAUGUAGAGCUUAAAAGGUUUGUCUCGAGGCACAAGGACACGACGGCCAUCCUUGGAAUUGUGCUUACAAACGUGUUCAGGAGAAAGCUGGAACCACUGGUUGUUGACGACUUCAAGCUGUAUAAGGAAAACAUGAGGAUAUUUGUGGAGAUGAUGAAGAAGAAGGGCAUAAGGAUUCCAGAGCUAGAGAGCUACAAGUUCAUGGGAUCCAUCCUGACGUUCUUCCUAAGAAAUCUGUCGAGAAUGGAGGAUGUUCACAAGGUAUUUGAAAUAAUCUUGUCGUGUCCCAAUACCUGUCCGUUUCUCCUGCUGGUGCUGUUCUAUGAUAAGAUUUCCAACGGUAAAACCAUAGACAGUAUCGUCAACAACGACCUGUUUCCAAAGGUGGUUAAGCUUGAGGAAGAGUUUGUUGAGACAAAGAAGAGGGUUGAAAGCAGGUCUGGGUUUUCUCGGAUGAGGGUCAUGCUGGUUGGUGGGAUUGCUAGCAUAGUUGCUGCUGUUGUUGUGUACAAAAUAACAAAAAAGGAAUAA